CGCGGACGUUUAAAUGAUCUGAGCAGUUGACGGAGCGUACCGUCGCCCUGUUUCACCCAGCACCCCGAGCUAUUAACACCCCAUCAGCACCGGAGACAUGGCUUCGAAUAAUGGCUCAGUCGGCAAAUGGGAAGUCGUGAAGAAGGGAAAGAAAAAUGGCACAGGAGGAGGGAAGAAUCCGACUGACAAGAAAACCGGCAACGGGGGAAGGAAAGCCCUGGGCGAAUCCAACCAGCCAUCCAGACCGCCCCUGAAGAUGUCAGAGACUCUGUACGACGGCUUCGAGAAAAUGGGGAAGAAACAGAACAAGGAGCAGGUUCCACCACCAGCUGAGCCUCAAAACAAGAAGCCCUCAUCGAGUAAACCAUCCAAGAAAUCACACUCCAGCAAUACAGUCACCCCUGCAACUCACAAGACCCUGGAGGAAGCCUUCAAAGCCUUGGAUGUUGGGGACCUGAAGCAGCAGUUGGUCCGCAGUCAGACUCUGUUCCCAGAAAACCCAUCAGUCUGGGUCAAAGACCUGGCAGGAUACCUCAACCUCAAUCUAACUGCGCCAGACACUGAGACCACACUCAGCAGCUAUACUCACGACUACCCAUACUGCCUUACAGGAAAAGAGCUGAGGGGCGUGAUCAAAGGCCUCAUCGGACGUUGCAGCGACAUUCUGCCAGAUUUCUUCGACCACUGUGUUUACACUAUGCUCAGGGAGCUGGACAGACAGUCAGGAGAACCACUGCACGGCUACAGAGUUUGCAUCCAGGCAAUCCUACAGGACAAACCCAGAAUAGCCACCCAAAACCUGCCAGAGUAUUUGGAGUUACUGCGGUCAGUUCAGAAUCGUCCAGUCAAGUGUUUGACUAUCAUGUGGGCCCUGGGACAAGCAGGAUUUUAUGACCUCAGCCAGGGACUCAGAGUGUGGCUGGGCAUCAUGCUUCCUGUGCUCGGAGUGAAGUCCUUGUCUGCAUAUGCCAUUGCCUAUCUGGACCGACUUCUCCUACUUCAUGCAAACUUGACAAAGGGAUUUGGCAUCAUGGGUCCUAAAGAGUUCUUUCCUUUACUGGAUUUUGCCUUCAUGCCCAAGAACGCUCUGUCAUCAAGUCUGCAGGAGCAGCUGAGACGUCUGUAUCCUCGACUUAAAGUCCUCGCAUUUGGAGCCAAACCUGAGAGCACGUUACACACAUACCUGCCAUCCUUUCUGUCCAGAGCCACCCCACACUGUCCAGAUGACAUGAAGAGAGAGCUGCUCAGCAGUAUGACCGAGUGUUUGUGUGUGGACGUGCAAAGUCUUGGAGUGUGGAGGCAGCUCUAUACCAAACACUUACCCCAGUCCAGUCUGCUGUUGAAUCAUUUAUUGAAGUCCUGGAAUGUCCUGCCACCAAAGCUGCGGAAGAACCUUGAAGAAACAAUCCAGUCUUUCAGAGUGACCAACGAGGAGAUGAGAGACACCACUGCAUCUCAGGACCUUCAGGAUUGCAAUAACCUGUGCCAGAAUCUGCAGGUAAAGAUGCGUGGUCACGGGUUCCCCUGGUCCAAACUGCUCAUGGUUCUGUUUGUGUUUGCUGCCGGCUUCAUCGCACACGACAUCAGAUCUCACGGCUCCUACACAGAUUCCACCACAGCCAAGACUCUGCGCAGUUCAGGUGUCACAGCUGUAUCUCAGCAGGCCUGGAGCAAAAUAACAGUCUACUCGAAACAGGGCUUCAGCUGGUUGGAGACCAACACUCCUUAUUAUUACUCAGAGUGUGUGCGGGUCACGGGGCCACUCAUGGAACAAGGUUUGGAGAAGGCAAAAUCAGCGGCCAUCUUCAUCUCAGAAAACACCACACAGUUUAUCCUCUGGGUCAAAGAAAAGACACCGCAGGUCAUAGAAUGGGUGAACACCAACACUCCAGACAGUGUGUUCCAGGUGUUGGCAUAUCUGAAGGAGCUCCUCCUCCUCCUCCAUCAGAACUACAUCCUGCCGGCGCUGGCCUACGUAUCUGACCUGCUGCAACAAGCAUGGACCAACCUACAGGACUCCUGCAAUGGUGAGGUGUCGGUAUCAUGUCUGCAAGGCCACGCGUUGUCCUUCACCAACUCAACGUGGCAGCUGCUCCAACACACAACCUCUGCCAUCAAGACUUGGGCUCAGGAGCUUUUGACGCGAGCAUGAUAACAGAACAACAGAUGCUGACUAAUUCACACACACACACAAUAAAAACACAAGAAGUUAUAAAUAUAUAUAUAUACAUACACACUGACCCAGUGUGAGGAUGCCUUUCAGUGCGUCAGCUCCUCUCUAAAGCCAUGAUUGGACACUGCGGGGUCAGACAAACAAACUCUCACUCAAAAGGACCCUUCUAUUGUUUUGGCUAAAUUCUAUCAAUCAGUUUUCCGUUGUAUAAAUGUUUUUUUCUACCAAUCCUUUUUGUCACUGCUGGAUGCAGAGGUCGUCUCUUUCUCUCCCCCUGAGUUUUCUACUGCAAAUUUCCACUGUUGCUUUAACAAAUUAUGUAAUUUAUAGAAAAUGUAGGUUUGUAGAUGAUUUAUAAACCAUUUUUAUUUAAAGAUAUUAAAAAAAGUGUUAAGUGAAAACUUGGUAAAGGGCAGGGAAAAGACCAAAAAAAAUUCCAGACUCAAAGCCCUCGUCAGUUAAACUCUGAGGGCCACUUCAUCUCCUCCACUUUGUCCACCUCACUAUGAAGUCUGAUCUGUGUGUGUGUGUGUGUGUGUGUGUGUGUGUGUGUGUCUGUGUCUGUGUCUGUGUCUGUGUCUGUGUCUGUCAGGCUGAAUAAAGCCUGAGAAGCUGUUCACAAUGUAAGGCCUGAAACAGGAAAGAUACCAUGGGGAAAGGGGUCAGGAGAUUUGGAGCUGAUAGUGUGAAUCCGAACGGGAACAGAAGGAGUCAAAUGAGUCCAAACACGUCCAGGCAGAGAGGAAAUCUUCCUAUCAUCUCUCUGUCUUGCAUGUCACCUCAUCCUGUCUUUGCUGCUUUAUUUUCUGUCCUGUUUCUCUUGAUUUUUCUUUUUUUUUUCAUCUGCCAUCAGCAGCUUGAAGCCUGAGCUAAAAUCAACACUGCAACUGUGUACUCAUACUUGAAGGCUGUUGAUAUCCUGUGUGUGUGUGUGUGUGUGUGUAUGUGUCUGAUUGUCUGAGUGCAUGGUUUAACACGCUUAUUCUCUAUAAUAGGAGCAUGAUUAACCCUGUGCCAACAUCCUGUACACUGAAAUAUGACUUCAGAAUAAGGACCCUCCUCUGACAAACUGAUUCACUAACCUCUCCUUGUAAACAGGGUGUUUGGAUGGACAUGGCUAUGAAUAAUGUCUUACUUUGUAGUGUAAAUGAUUUAUAAUAAAGACUUCAGCCCCA